AUGUCUUCCCGCGGUGCUGCCUCGGCGGCUGGCCAACCUUCAAUUCUGUCCUUCUUUCGACCAAACAACAAGGACCCGGCACCGGGGGUGGUGCAACCACCAAAACAGCAUCAACAACCACCCCUCCCACCUCCACCACCUCCCGCACCCCUGCAAUCGCCGAGCCCUGGCGCCGUGGCGGCGGCGGCGGCGGCAGCGGCAGCAGCGAAUACGCCUCCCGCGACGACCCCUCACCCGUCGGCCUCGAUCGUGCCCAUCACGGCCGACCACAUCGCCCCGCUGCGCCGCAUCAACGCCCUCCUCCUCUGCGUCAACUACCCGGACUCGUUCUACCAGCGCAUCCUAGACCCGGCCGCGUCGGGUCUGUUCUCGCGCGCCAUCCUGUGGUCCGAGACGGACGACAGCGACCCCUCCUCGCCCGCCGAACCACCAAAGGUCAUCGGCUCCAUCGUCGCGCGCGUCGAAACCUCGCCCUUCAACAAGAACCGCUCCGCCCUCUACAUCCAAAGCCUGACGCUCCUGUCGCCCUUCCGGUCUUUGGGCCUCGCCAGGGCCGCGCUGGACGCCGUGCUGGACGGGGCCAGGCACCUGCGCUCCGCCGUCGACAUCGCCGACGUCUACGCGCACGUGUGGACCGAGAACGACGACGGGCUGAGGUGGUACGCGGCGCGCGGCUUCGAGCGCGUCGGCUCGCGGCCCGAGCAAGGGUACUACCACAAGCUGCGGCCAGACACGGCCUGGAUCGUGCGGCGGUCGCUGGACGGCGCCGCCUCCGCCGCGGACAUGUCUGCCGCGAUGGCCAGGACGACGACGAGCACGAACGCGGCCAUGGCGCCGCCGCCAGCUGUGGUUCCUCCGUCCGUCACGGCCGCCGUGGUGAACCUGCCGUUCAAGGCCCCACCGGCCCCGACACGAGCGAGCAGCGGCGGCAGCGCAUCGGCCAAGGCGGCUGCGCUCUGCUUCCAAGACAAGCGGCCCGAGACCGACUGGAACGACCUCCCGCCCGAUGUGGCCGCGGGGCUGCUGACGCCGGGCAGCGGGCAAGGGUCGGAGGCCAGCUCGAGGAGUAGCUCCACGGCGCGCGGGCCCAAGAAGAAGAGGGAUAGGGCGUACCCUGCCGCUGCGUUUGGGAGCUGA